ACAAUGAUACGCAGCUAAACUGCGUAAUGACAGAGCUCGAGCCCAUUCAUUACAGGCGAGAGGCGCGAGACCUUGGUCAGGAUGCGCGCGAGGGGGUCAUGAUCCGCGUAAAUAAAAACGCCAUUUAAACUUUCUUUUUGAAAAUAAUAAUAAAAAAAAGACAAAAAAAAGCGCGCACCGUUUGUUUGGAGCAGGUGGAUGAUUGUACACGGUUGACUGACCACGAUGAACAGAGAGAAAGAGUGAGAGAGAUGCGCUCGCGGAAAGAGCAUUCAAGUCGCGCGAGCUUCCUCAGUGCGUUUGCUAAUUAGCGCGAGGACACUGCUCUGUUUCGCGCGGGCACCCCGCCGACCUGACAGGAAAGAAAAAGCUAAGCUAAUCUAACUUACCACACGAUAAAUCACUCUGUUUUCUUUUCAGAAGACACUGACUGACAGCUCCAAACAUUUCCCCCCCUUUUUUUACUUUCCCUCCCACAGUUUCACUUGUUCAUAUAUAUAUAUAUAUUAAAAUCUGUUUGUAAAGACAUUUCUUCUUCUUUGUGAGACAGUAAAUCACCCAUUAGCUUGACUGACAGCUACUAGUUUAUUAGAACACAGCUCGUCUUUUAAAAAAAACAACCUUUUUUUAUCUGUUUAUUUCGUAUCAAAAUAUAGAAAUAGCCUAAAUUUUAAAAUGUACAUCAGAAACAUUUGAUCAGUUUGUUCUGUAAGUGAAGUGAGGUAAGUGGCUGAGGAAGUAACAUCAGAAGACCUGAAACACUGAAAGUUGAAGUUUGAGUCCGUUCCUCUCGGCUUUGAGUGGCUGCACGAGGACCGAAACUCGUCGUCCUACCAGUCACUGUGCUCACCUGAUUCAGAGGUGAAGUUAAAGAGUUGUUUUGGGGAGCAAUGGAAAUUUGUAUCGUCCAAAGUGCGCCACUUUUGGGUCUCCUUUACAAUUAAACCUUCCUGCUCUUGGGGGCGGAGCUUUGGGGAUGGUACCAUCUCAAAUUGCAGCAAGAAAAGAGUGGGAGCCAGCAGCGGUGGAACCCUGCCGGCACGGAGAGCGACCUCGGAACAAUACAGCAGCGUUGAGAGCAGAUGGGAGAUCUCAAAAAAAAGAAAGAAAAGGAAGAGAAAAAGCAACAGAUUAAAGGAAAAGAAGAGAAGAAAAUGAAAGAAAAUGACAAGCAUCAUCAGCAAAAAGUCAUGUGCAUCUACGUGAAUCUUCUUCCCUGCGUCUCUCAAGCUUCCCACAAAUAAGCUCAUGGCCAGGUGAAUGGAUCUGAAAUUAAAAGAGCAAUAGUGUCCAUGCGAUCAAUGGGGGGGGGGUGUUAAUAAUAAAGUUUAAAAUGACACUAAAAGAGUAAUAGUAGGCUGUAAAAAAAAAAAAAAAAGAAAGAAAGAAAAAAAGAGGCGGACUAAAAAAAAAAAAAAAAAAAAAAAAAAAAAGGGGCAGUGCCGCGUCUCGCGGUGUGGGUGGGGCUGACAAGAAUGGACUACAUUAUGCAGUUCAUUUAGUUAACAAGUGAAAUAAUAGGGAAGCGUGCAGUGUGAAAGCUCAGAGAAAAGGCACAAAACCCUAUUGAGAGAGAGAGAGAGAGAGAGAGAGAGAGAGAGAGAGAGAGAGAGAGACGGAUGCGUGGUCUGAAACUUAUUUAAGAGCCUCGGUGUUUCUCUGCAGCAUCACUCUGCUGUCCAUCACAGGAGAGACUGGAGCUUUUUUUCUGAAAACUUUCUGCAUUCAACCCGCGUGCAGAAAGAAACUUUUUUUGCGCAUUUCUUUCCUCCUCGCCUUUAAAGAAGAAGAAGAAGAAUAUAAAGAAGAUGCCUCGGUCAUUUCUUGUGGAUUCGUUGAUUUUGCGUGAGGCCAACGAGAAAGGCAGUGAGAACAACCCGCCGCCGCCGCUGCUGCCGUACACGGUACACCCGCAGCACGCGCUCCACGGACUGUCGGCGGCGGCGGCGGCUGCGGCCGCGUCGUGCCACGCGCGCAAAGCCGGCCUGCUGUGCUUCUGUCCGCUGUGCAUGGCGGCCGCGGCGUCGCAGCAGCUCCACCCGGCUCCCCCGGCGCUCCCGCUGCUCAAGGCGGCGGCCGCUGCGGCCUCGUUCCCUGCGGCUUUUGGCUCGCAGUGCUGCCCUUCCGCGCUCUCGCGGCAACACUCGCCCUCCAGCGGCGUGCACGUGAACCACGGCGCGGGACUUUACCAGAGCGCGUACCCGGUCGCGGACCCGCGGCAGUUCCACUGCAUGACGCUCGAAAACAGCAACAGCCAACUCCAGAGCAGCAAGCGCAUGCGCACGGCGUUCACCAGCACGCAGCUCCUGGAGCUCGAACGCGAGUUCACCUCCAACAUGUACCUGUCCCGGCUGCGGCGCAUCGAGAUCGCCACCUACCUGAACCUGUCCGAGAAACAGGUCAAGAUCUGGUUCCAAAACCGACGCGUCAAGCACAAGAAAGAAGGCAAGGGGGGUUCCCACAGAACAGGUUCUCUGCACUGCAAGUGUUCUUCCGCACGCUGCUCUGAGGAAGAGGACGACACGCCCAUGUCACCUUCAUCAUCAGGGAAGGAGGACGCUGAUCUCUCUGUUAGCCCGUGAACUCUCAGUAAACACACAGGGAUCACUCCAUAGCACUUCACCUGCAAUAGCUCUUUGAUUAGCCCAAUCAGGUGCUAGUUUUUGGGGGUUGGAGCUCAGCUUGGAGCUGGAGUGUGCCAAAGUUGUGCUCCAGAAACAAGAAACGUUAGCAUGGCUGAAAACAUAGUCAGAUAGUAUAGGCUUGUCUGGAUGAAAAUAGCUAACUAGUCCCUUAAUUGGUGUGGUACACAUCUCAGCUGUACCUGUACUUUAUCUUGUCACUGGUGUUGUACCAUCAAAGGUGCUUCUUUUGUACCAUUAGUGUGUAUCUUUCACCUGCCAAGGUACCUAUGGUGUACCUUUAAACCUACAUCACUGGUCCUUAAGGUAUAAGUUCACACCUUUAAAUUAUUGAUGGUACCAUGACAGCGACAUGCAAAAGUACACUCUGGUACCUUUAGGCUAUUUCUGAGAGUGUAGCCGAUAGUGGGCUUCUCUGCGCUUCUGUACGAAGCGAUUUCGGACAAAUUUUGGGACAAUUAAUUUGGGAUGUCAUAAACACCAGUUUUUAACCUUCAAGUUUUCCAACGACGCGUAUCAUAAGAGGUUCCUCAUGAGGUCCCUGACGCUCAGAGGUGAAUUUUGCUUGCUAGCAAAAUAAUAAGUUCAUAGUUUAGUCGCGGCUAGCCGUGGAGUGCUAUUCAAGUGCUAUUCAAGUGCUAUUUGUCCAGAAAGAGAUAAAAGCUCGCUGAAUCACUUCACCUACUCGGAUCUUCUCGCUAAUUUCACCUACUGACUGAAAGUCAUCAGUUUCACACUGAAGCUGUUUUCUCAACUUUAUCGUAUUAAAUUCCUAAGUGCCAAAACAUUUUUUUUUUAACUUUAUGAAUAAAAUGAAAAGCUACUUAUGGGUUUUACCUCACAGAUAAUGUGGCUAAACUGACCAAAACCCUCCCGAACGUCAAGGAAGAGAAGUUAGCAAAACCGGCUAGUUGUUGUUGUUAUAGUAGCCCUUAUGCUAAUUUCCUGUUUCUCUUCAGGAGGAGUAUUAGUAAAUAACAUAUUUCCCUGAAUAUAAAUCAAAUACAGUGACUGUAUGUGUGUAAGUACUGAAAUCUGUAAAUAAGAGAGAGAGCAAAAGAGGUUUAUAUAAAUUAGGGGAACGCACGAGCGACUCCAUUAAUACCACUGUAUAUAAUUGUAUACAUGUUGUAUGAUUGUAGUUUCUUUUUCUCCUUUAAAAAAAAAAAAAAAAAAAAAAAAAAAAAACAUGCUCAUUGUUAUGUACCACCAAAAGAUUUUGAUAACUGUAUAUAUACUCAAGAAUGGAAAUGAGUCUGUUCUUCUUUCUUUCUUUCUUUCUUUCUUUCUUUUCUUUUUAAAAAAUCUUUUUAUUUGGUAAAUUCAUAACCGUUGAAAUGUUUGAGUGAACUCUGAAUGCUGCUUCGUGUUUCUCUCAACAUCUCACCACCUGUAAUUGUAUGUUCAGUGUCAGGAAAAUAUUUAUUUAUUUAAAACAUUAUCGCUGAAAAUAAAGAAUAUUUCUUACUAGUGA